GAUAUUGUAAAAAGUGAGUAUCGUAAUUGAUGUGCUAAAGUGCCGUGGGAUGAGUCUAAUUUUGUUUUAAUUGGAAUUUUCCUAGCUCGGUUAUUCCCUCACAAUUUGCCGGUCGUCCCCGUCUAUAGAAUUCCAGUGCUCAAUGAACAAAUUUCUGGUGAAAUUUUAACGUAUUGACUUAUCAACACGACCCAUUGCCAUUAAACACGAAUAUUCAAUAAAACGCCUUCAAAUCCAAUUAUAAGCUUGGAAUUGAUUGUAUAAUAUGGAAGGGAAUCGUGACGAAGCAGAUCGUUGCAUUGACAUCGCCCUUAGUGCAAUAAACACCGGAAAUUACGAAAAGGCAAACAAAUUUCUACGAAAGGCCGAGAAUCUGUACCCAUCACAGCGGGCCAAGGACUUAUUGCAACACGUCAGCUCAAUGUCAGGAACAUCUAGUUCAAAGAACCAGGCCAAUGGUGAAGGGGUCCGGCAUCGGAAAAGCGAGAAACAGAGAACGACCAGCGACAGCAAAUCAGACGCGGAGGUGGACUACACAGUUGAGCAGCUGGAAAUUGUGAAGAGAAUCAAAAAGUGCAAGGACUACUACGAAGUCUUGGGGGUAACGAAAGAGGCAACUGACUCGGAGAUAAAGAAAUCGUACAAGAAACUAGCACUGCAGUUGCAUCCGGAUAAAAAUCGGGCUCCUGGUGCGGCUGAGGCAUUCAAAGCAAUUGGAAACGCGGUAGCUGUUCUCACAGACGUGCAGAAGCGCAAGGACUAUGACCUGUAUGGGUCACAGAGCGACGACUUGCGAACAAAUCAUUACAAUCACACACAUUUCCAUCACUCGGAACACAGCAACUUCGAAUAUGCUUACGCACGCGGCUUCGAGUCCGAUAUUUCGGCGGAGGAAUUGUUCAACAUGUUCUUUGGCGGCUUUCAAACGAGUCGGCGUCCAACGACAGGCGGUGGUCACCAUUCUCACUAUGCACGUCGCGAGCAAAGCCAACAACCGAGCUUGGCGUUUGGUUUGAUCCUCGUCCUGAUCUUGAUCUCGAUUAUGUCCUCGUUUCUUACUUCAGAUCCAAUUUAUAGCUUAGCCCAGACUUCAAAGUAUCCUGUGCGUCGGCAAACGAACCACUUGGGGAUACAGUAUUACGUGAAGGAGAACUUUAAUACGGAGUACCAGGGAUCGCUGGCGCGAUUGGAGAACUCAGUCGAGGAAGACUAUAUAACGACGAUGAAGCAGAAUUGUUAUCGUGAACGAACGUAUCGUGAAUCAAUGAUCAGCCGAGCGAAGACGUUUGGCAGUCGAUCACAAGUGGCACAGGCUCAGCAACUCAAAACUCCUUCCUGCGAUAAUCUUGCUCGAAUUGGGAUUAAUACGCGAUUUUCGAUAUUCUAAGGAGACAACCUAAUCACUCGAAAAUCCCCAAUGAAAGCAGAACGAAAGCAAUGGAGGCUAAAUCCUCAUCUGAGAACUUCUCUCAACUUUAGUAUGUGAUGUUAUGUUCUUACUUUACCCAACACCUCAUUCCAAUCUACAGUUCAGGGAAGGGCCGAUGUCAUGAAACCAAAAAAAAAUGAAAGUUAGGAAAAAUCAGCAGAAAUCACGUGUAUCUGCAAUUUUCAGUUGUUUUAGUUUUAACAGUAUUAUAUCGUUUAAUUUUCGGUGCAGAUGAAAAUGAGUUUGUAUGUAGUACAAGAGAAAUUAGCGCCGGCACGCGUGAUUAUUUGAAAACAGGCAAUAUGUGGCUAAAAUAUUUAAUUUAUUGCGAGUAGAUGCAAUUUCUGUUGGUAGGUGCCACCGACAGAGAUCCUAGUUCAAUCGAAUAUUACGAUUGGGGCGUUUUCAGCAACAGGGGGCAGAUAGAUUAAUGUGAGAAGUUUACAGUGUAUUUAUAUUGGGAAAUUUAUGACUUGAAAUGUUAUAGUUGAAUCAAUAAAUAAAAGGAAUAAUUCCGAUUUUAUCAAAAAA